CUGGUGUGUUGCUUAACCCAAAACAGAGAACAGCAGAAGUUCCUGUUCUGAUUCGUUACGCACAGUAAGGCAAAAGUUCUGUCCUUGUGCAGACCAGCUUUUCCUUUUCCAUUGGAAACAUUCUUUUUUGAUCUGCUAGAGCCAGAUGGAGAGGUUUGUACAACUUGUCAUCUUAGUGUCCUUGUCAGAUGCCUAUGCAGCAUAUCAUGUUGCAAUCAUGUAUGGGAUUGAAGGGGAGUCCAUCUCUAUCAACUGCAGCUAUAAUCCAAAGGAGAAUCAGUGGAGAGAAAAGAGUUGGUGCAGGCACAUCAGCAUGACUGUAUGUCAGCAUGUUGUCAGUGCCAAGCGCUUCUGGAUGCCAUUCCUCAAGAGGAGGAACGGCACCACUUCCAUUGCUGAUGACAUCCAAAAUGGGAUCCUCACAGUGACCAUCAACCCACUGAAGAAGGAGGAUGCCGGAUUGUAUCAGUAUAAGGCAGACUUCUUGGGGAGCAUGAGUAUCCUGUGCAAGGUGAAGCUGAAGGUUCUGCAAGCAGACAAAUGGGAGACUGAGGCACCAGAGGAGCCCAGAGCAGUACACAGCAUCUCCAGCACCAUAGGAAAUGCUGGAGUCAACCUGCACUUCAUUGUGGCUGGAUUCCUGGGUUUCAAAUGUCUAGCUGUUAUAUUCCUCUUGAUCGUUGCUUGGAGGCAGAAGAUCAAAAGACUGGAAGAUGGCAGCAGAAGAGAAAAUGAGCACUAGCUCUUCUCAGCCCCAGGUGAC